GGCCGCGGGGCCGCGGGGCGGGGCCGGGGAGGGAGGGGACUCGGGCUCAUUGCGGUGCGCGCCCUGUGCUGGGUCCCUCACUCGCCGCCGACGGCCUGCCUCGCCUCGUGCUCUCCUGCCGCCGCCCCGCAGAAAUGCUUCGACUACCCACAGUCCUUCGCCAGAUGAGACCAGUGUCCCGGGCACUGGCUCCUCAUCUCACUCGGGCCUAUGCCAAAGAUGUAAAAUUUGGUGCGGAUGCUCGAGCCUUAAUGCUUCAAGGUGUAGACCUUUUAGCCGACGCUGUAGCUGUUACAAUGGGGCCAAAGGGAAGAACAGUGAUUAUUGAACAGAGUUGGGGAAGUCCCAAAGUAACAAAAGAUGGGGUCACUGUUGCAAAGUCAAUUGAUUUAAAGGAUAAAUACAAAAAUAUCGGAGCUAAACUUGUUCAGGAUGUUGCCAAUAACACCAACGAAGAGGCUGGGGAUGGCACCACCACUGCCACUGUUCUGGCCCGCUCUAUUGCCAAGGAGGGCUUUGAGAAGAUCAGCAAGGGGGCUAACCCAGUGGAAAUCCGCAGAGGUGUGAUGUUGGCCGUCGAUGCUGUAAUUGCUGAACUUAAGAAACAAUCUAAACCUGUGACAACCCCUGAAGAAAUUGCUCAGGUUGCUACAAUUUCUGCAAAUGGAGACAAAGACAUUGGGAACAUCAUUUCUGAUGCAAUGAAGAAGGUUGGAAGGAAGGGUGUUAUCACAGUGAAGGAUGGGAAAACCCUGAAUGAUGAGCUAGAAAUUAUUGAAGGCAUGAAGUUUGAUAGAGGAUAUAUUUCCCCGUAUUUUAUUAACACAUCAAAAGGUCAAAAGUGUGAAUUCCAAGAUGCCUAUGUUUUGUUGAGUGAAAAGAAAAUUUCUAGUGUUCAGUCCAUUGUACCUGCUCUUGAAAUUGCUAACGCUCAUCGGAAACCCUUGGUCAUAAUCGCUGAAGAUGUUGAUGGAGAAGCUCUAAGCACACUGGUUUUGAACAGGCUAAAAGUUGGCCUUCAGGUUGUAGCAGUCAAAGCUCCAGGGUUUGGGGACAAUAGGAAGAACCAGCUUAAAGAUAUGGCUAUUGCUACUGGUGGUGCGGUGUUUGGAGAAGAAGGGUUGAAUUUAAAUCUUGAAGAUGUUCAAGCUCAUGACUUAGGAAAAUAUGAAAAGGAAAAACUGAAUGAGCGACUUGCUAAACUUUCAGAUGGAGUAGCUGUGUUGAAGGUUGGAGGGACAAGUGAUGUUGAAGUGAAUGAGAAGAAAGACAGAGUUACAGAUGCUCUCAAUGCCACACGAGCAGCUGUUGAGGAAGGCAUUGUUCUAGGAGGGGGCUGUGCUCUGCUCCGGUGCAUCCCAGCCUUGGAUUCACUAAAGCCUGCCAAUGAAGAUCAGAAAAUAGGUAUAGAAAUUAUUAAAAGAGCACUUAAAAUUCCUGCAAUGACAAUUGCUAAGAAUGCAGGUGUUGAAGGAUCUUUGAUAGUUGAGAAAAUUCUGCAGAGUUCCUCAGAAGUUGGUUAUGAUGCCAUGCUUGGAGAUUUUGUGAACAUGGUGGAAAAGGGAAUCAUUGAUCCAACGAAGGUUGUAAGAACUGCCUUACUGGAUGCUGCUGGGGUGGCCUCCUUGCUAACUACAGCCGAAGCUGUUAACAAAGAGGACAACCCACCCUGA